AUGGCUUUUAUUUUAAUAAAUUUGUUUUGUAUUGUAGUUUUGCACAAUCAACCCAGGAAUGUAAUAUUGUGCCUUCUUGAAGUCGCCAGAAUAGCCUCUAAAUUUGGUAUAGAACCUCCAGGAUUGGUCCAAUUAGAAAAACAGAUUGCCGAAGAAGAAAGGGAUUCGUUCGAUUCCAGAUUAAGUUCUUUACUCACUUGGCAGUUUCCUAGUAUUACAAGUCCUCCUCCAAGUUACUCCAAAAUGAAACAGAGUCAUUCAGCCGGAGCAAUAUCUUCAGUUCUCGACAGAUGGAACACUCACCACGUGGUGCUGGUAGAACAAACUAAUGCACUUAAUUCAUUGCCAGUAGUUAAUACCAGUGGAGCUAGUGAUGGUGUCCCUAGUGAUAACACUGAAGAUGAAGAGUGGUCACGAGGUAGUGGUGAAGAUCCAGACCUUGACGUGACCCCACCAAUGAGACCAUCUUCGGGGGAUAGCGGAGGUGCCAAUACACCAAGUCCAACACCAACGAAUGAACUGGACAGAAAAGUACAGCUCGCUGCUAGACUUAUGCAGAAAAACUGCAAUUGUUCUAGUGGUAGAUGCGAAAAGUUGAAAAUCCGAAAAGUGGGCGAAGGAAAAUAUAAUAUUGCUGGCAAAAACGUAUUUGUUAGGGUGAGUAUGCAUAAAAAAGAAAAUUGA